AUUCUCCAUAUCACUCACUAUCUUCUUCUCUCUUUCCAACCGCUCAUUCAUCUCAACUUCUCUUAGUUUCACUCUCUCCUGUUUUUGUGUGUGUGUAUAUAUCUUCAAUCAUCAAAUCACUCUCACCUUUGUCUGUGAGCUAGCUGUUGCUGUUCUUGCUGUUGCAGAAGCAAAGUGUCCUUGUCGCCAUGAAGCCAGCUCGUAGAUCUUCCUCCUGAAUCCUAUUACUAAUCAACUAGCUUGGGCUCUCUUGUUGAGCACCUUUGUGCGAGCUGUUCUGCAGGUUGUAAGUAGAGUCACAACUCGGUGAAGAAGAAAUUAAAGAAGAUGAGGGCGGGAAUUUGCAGCAUACAGCUUCAGGCUCUGACAGCAGAGGCAGCAAAUGUUGUGAAGCAAGCUGUGAGUCUAGCCACAAGGCGUGGCCACGCUCAAGUCACACCUCUCCACGUGGCAAGCGCCAUGCUCGCCACUUCCGCGGGUCUUCUCCGAAGAGCUUGCUUGCAAUGUCACUCUCAUCCUCUCCAAUGCAAGGCCUUAGAGCUUUGCUUCAACGUGGCCCUCAAUCGCCUGCCCGCGUCCACACCGAGUCCACUCCUGGGUCCUCACUAUAGCACCCACUGUAAUUCCAAUAACACCCCUUCUCUUUCUAAUGCCUUGGUGGCUGCUUUCAAGAGGGCCCAAUCUCACCAGCGACGUGGCUCCAUUGAGACUCAAAACCAACCCAUUCUGGCUCUCAAGAUUGAAUUAGAACAACUCGUAAUCUCCAUUUUAGAUGACCCUAGUGUUAGUAGGGUCAUGAGAGAAGCUGGUUUCUCAAGCACACUUGUGAAGUCCAAGGUGGAGCAAUCUGUCUCAGUUGAGAUUCCCUCACAGCAACAAAACACAACAGCUAAGUCUAAACCUCCUCCACAGGUUGUCGGUCACUUUGAAGGCUCGUUAGUUUUAAAGCCUAUUAAGAGGGACAACGACAACAGCAACAACGUUAACAAUGACGAUGAUGUGGAAAGUGUAGUGAGUGAAGUGUUGAACAGGAGGAGGAAUGUGGUUGUCGUGAGUGAGAGUGUGGGUAAUGCUGAGGGACUAGCUAGAGGAGCGAUGGAAAGGAUUGGGAAUGUUGUGCAGGUUGUGAGUAUUCCUCUUGUGUCUUUCAGGAACAUUAGGAAAGAGGAAGUGGAGAGGAAGAUUCUAGAACUGAGGUGUCUUGUGAAGAGCUACAUGGGAGGAAGUAGUAGAGGGGUUGUGUUGUAUUUGGGUGACUUGAAGUGGUUGUUUGAGUUCUGGGAAAGUCAUUGCUGUGCUAAUAAUCAUCAGCAAGAAAUGAUGAUGAUGAUGAAGUCUUAUUGCUCAGUGGAGCACAUGGUUAUGGAGGUGAAGAGAUUGGUGAGUGCAAGUGGUGGUGGAGAGAUGAGUACUGGUAAUAGGGUAAGCCUUAUGGGGAUUUCAACUUUCAAAACAUACAUCAAGUGUAAGACUAAUUGUCACCCUUCAUUAGAGACUCUUUGGGAGCUUUAUCCCUUCAGAGCUCCUGUCCCCAGCCUCAGCUUGAGCUUGAAUAUUCACAGAGAUUUGGAAGCUCAAGAUGGGUGUUUUGAAGAUGAAUCGUCAGUGAGAAAGAAUCUAACUUGUUGCAGAGAUUGCUCAGUGAGUUUUGAUAGAGAAGCUCAAAGCAUUAUCAACACUAGCAGAUUAGCCAAGAAAGACUGUUCUGGUACUACCAUGUCUAUUUCUUCUACCUCGCGCUUGCCAACUUGGCUCCAAAAUUGCAAGCAAGAGAAAAGAAGCCAUCCAUUAGACGAUCAGGACAAAGGGAGGCUGAGGGAUCUGUGCAAGAAAUGGAACUCCUUUUGCAGUACAGUUCACAGGCACACUUGCAACAUGCAGUUGCUUUCGGAACCAAAAGAAGCAGCAAAAUCAGAAUGCGAGUUGUACACAGACGACGUCGUUUGCUAUGAAAGCAACAACUUAAUCAUGUUCAUGCCAGACAAUAAUAACAACAAGCCAGAUCUUCUCUCAAACCCAAACUCAAGCCCCAACUCAGCUUCUUCAAGCGAAGCCAUGGAUGGCUUGGACAGCACCCACAUGUUCACUGAGCUUAACGAAGAGAAUCUCAAGAUUCUCAGUGAUUCCAUGGAGAAAAAGGUAUCUUCCAAACAUAAACACGUUGUUCAUGAGAUUUCAAGCACUGUGCUUCGUUGCAGAUCAGGAAUAUCAUCGAGAGAAAAUAGGAAGAAGAGACAGGACACAUGGAUGCUGUUCCUGGGUGAUGACUGUAAUAAUGAAGAGAAAGAGAGUGUCUCGAGGGAGCUAGCAAAGACCGUGUUUGGUACGUACACGAAUUUUAUCACCAUUAAUGGUCUCAGCAGUCCUGUCUCUUUAUCUUCAGAUGAUCAGAAAAUGAAGAAGAGAAAACGAACAAAUGAUGACGACAAUGAUGACGAGAGGACUUUUCUGGAGAGAUUUGGAGAAGCACUGAAUGAAAACCCUCACAGGGUGUUCUUCAUCAUCAUGGAAGAUUUGGAUGAAGCUGAAGAAGAAGCUUUUAGAAAGAGUAGUAUUAAGGAAGCGAUUAAAAGUGGAACUGUGAGACUUAAUGGUGAAUUAAUUCCUCUGAAGGAUGCCAUUGUUAUUCUGAGCUGUGAAAGAAGCUGCCAUUCUUGUCCUCUAGAGAAGAAGAUCAAAGAUGAUCAGAGUCUCUGCUUGGAUUUGAACAUAGCCAUUGAUGAUGGAGAAUAUUGCACCAGAAUUGGGGUUCAAGAACUCGUUGAUAAGCAGAUUAUUUUUAACACACAUGAAACUCUGAUAGGAGAUGAUCAGGAAAAUUAAUUUUAGAUUUAGUUUGAUGAUACCUUUUCUUUGUUUUUUUUUUUUUGGUGUUGUUGUAUUGAUUUUCGGUUACUGAUCUUGGCGGGAAAAGAAAUUAAGACUUGAAAUGCAAUUUGUUAUAUGAUAUAGAUUUCAAUUAGGGAUAUGAUGCCAUUGUGGAUAAGUUAAUGUAUUGUAUGAUCUUAUUCUGAAUGUAUAAUAUAUGUGUUGCGCCUGUAAUUCAAAUAUAUAUACUCAAUAUGUUUUCUGGUAA